GAGGAAGGAGGAGUUUAAAUACAGUUAAGCAAUGCAGUAGUUUCCGAUUUACUAUAUGCUUUAAGUUGUGUGUUCCUACUUAGUAAUCACACCUUAAUGAGUGUAAGGAAAACACGUCCUACCAUGUUCUUCUUGAGGACCAUUAUUAGCUGCAUUCUGCUCGUGAAAGAAACUGGUGCAGUGGACCAGCUGAACAAGCCAUAUUUAGAAGUGCUUACAAGUUAUCCCGAUGACGUCAUUGUGAUUGGUGGCAAGGUUCGGUUGCAUUGCAAAAAUAGGACAAAGGCAGAAACGUUCUACCUGACGAAAGAUCAGAAUGACAUAGGAAGUCAAAACAAUUCAGAAUUUUCUAUUGUAGAUCUAAAACUUAGUGACUCUGGCCUCUACUCCUGCAGAUACAGUUGGAACAAUGUUUUCUCGGAGCCCAGUGAGCACCAGGAUAUAUAUGUUCACGACAAAUACCCACCACCACAAAUUACAGUGAAACCCCGAAAAAUUGUACGACCAGGAGAAGACAUAACAAUAACAUGUGCUACUCCCUAUUCCAACAUGCAAUUUACUUUUUACAAGAAUGGUCAAUCUUUCAAAGUUAGCAACGAUAAUCCAUUUUCGUAUUUUAAAAGAAAUGCAGGAGAGGAAGAUGUUGGCCAAUAUGCAUGUGAUUUCAGGACUAAAUCUGACAGCAAAGCCCAAAUCCAGUCCUAUCUCAGUGACUAUAUUACGAUAAAAGUUAAAGGUCUUGACAGCCCUUCAGCAUGGUUGGAAAAGUAUGGUGGAGAAAACCAAACUGUCAAGAUCAUAUGCCAAGCACCGGUAACUUCAAAAAUGGUGUGGUUUCAGCUCCUGAACAGCAGCGAAGGCAUAGUAGAGGAAAUAGACGGUGUAUUCGAAAACCAGGUCACCUUUAACAUCGCAAGUCCUGACCAUACUCAGAAGCAAUAUUACUGUGUCUAUGCAAUGAGGAUAGGCAACAACCUUGCAUUUUCUGCCAUAAGUAAGCCAGUCUUUAUCUGGGGAGUUGAUUACACAACUGUGAACAUCAUACGGCUCCUUAUCUCCGCACUUGUCCUAAUUCUUCUGGGUGUCAUCCUUGUGAUACAUUUCAACAUAUUCCAGAAAACUGAAGAAAGUCUUCCUGAGCUUCCGCCUGCCCGUAGAAAUCAGGCAGAACAAUCUGAGUACACAGAGAUGGUGAUAAUGAAGACAGAGCAUGUGAUGGAAGAUAAUGAGAUUUCUAGCGCUGGUGACAACAUAGAGGAGCUGUAAACUCUGCAAAAAAUAAGUCCAUUUUGAAGCCAUUGCUUAACGCAGCAGAGAGAACUCCAUUAUUGGACGAGAGGCCAGUCACAGGACUUUCACAGGUCAUGUGACCAGUUAACUCAAGUAAAAGGAUCUACAAAUAUCUAAAAAUGUACCAGACUUGCUGUAUUGUUACAGAAAAUUAUAUUAGAGGCUUUAUUAGCUUUUCUGUGCUGCUGCAUUCAAUCUAUUUAAUAAGCCAUUUCAGGCUAAGGCAUAACAUAGCAGAGUCCUAGUGCUUGUUCACAUGAGAAGCAUUGAGCUGCGUUGCUCACAGUUCCAUGUUCCCUACUCACAACAUACAGUAUAUCAUAUGUAUGAUUGUGUGUGUUGUGUGAAAAUGCAGCAUGUCUGCAUUUUUAUGCAGAGUAACACUUGUCAACACACUGCAGUGCAUGGAGUUGAAUGAAAUGUCAUGAAAUAUCAAUACUUUUAAAAUAGAAAAAAGUAAACAGUGUGAUGAGUUAUAAGAAUAUAUUGAACCGCUAAACACAACAUGCACCAGCUUGCACACUUAAUAACAGAGCAUAUUGUGAACCUGCUGGCUAAAACAUGGAGUCUGCUGAAUUCUCAUUCUGUAAAUGCUAGCUGCCUGGCUGUCAUUCUGAGCUUCUUAUUUGAAUACUUUGAGUCACUAAACCAGAACAAGUAUUCAGAUAAUGAGGAACUUCGAUGUAGAAAAUUCAGCAGUUACAAAGUACAUGGCAUACAAGAUAAAACCGUGCUAAAGGGUGAAAAAAAUUAAGCUUCUAGCAUGCCAUUAAAUAUCAAUAGCUAUGGCUAUGCAUAACAACACCACACAUAUCUGUGUCCAUAUAAUCAUAAAGUCCAAUAUACACUAUAUUACCAAAAGUAUUGGGACACCUGCCUUUAC